AAGCCCUCCAGGGGCGAAUACCAUUUCAUGGCUUGGUACUCAGCUACCGCUGCUCCUCGUUGCAGCACACCCCACCUACGCUAGCAGUGAAACGAACAGCUUUAAAAAGAGUAGCCUUCAUCACUCCGAGAGGCACAAAGAUAAAGGCAGGCACUGGCUUAUGUAACUCUCUUUUAAAGGAACCUGAUCCUUGUGCUCACCCUUUUCGUUUGUGAGUUAGCGCUUUGUUUGGAGAUCCAAUUCAGCCGUAACCAUACACGCUGAGCUCCUGCAUCCUGCUUCUACUGUCUCGCACACUUGCAGUGCUACAGUAUCACACAUGGCAAAUGAAUCAAGGCCCUGCCCAUGUGAUCCUGGAGACAGAUUUGACUAUGGAGGCUGUGGGCAGGAGGUGCAAGUUGGGCACAUCAAGGCAUAUGUCUGCAAACCUUCUGCCAGCACUGACAAAGCUGUGAUUGUGAUUCACGAUAUAUUUGGAUGGCAACUCCCAAACACCAGAUACAUGGCUGAUAUGCUAACAGCUAAUGGAUACAUAGCCAUCUGCCCAGAUUUUUUUGUGGGACAAGAAGCUUGGAAAUCUUCUAAUGACUGGGCAGCUUUCAAUGACUGGGUGAAAUCACGAGAUGCUGGCAAAAUAGACAAAGAAGUUGAUGUCGUCCUCAAGUAUCUAAAGGACCAAUGUGGUGUGAAGAAGAUUGGCGUCAUUGGGUUCUGCUGGGGUGGAGCAGCAGUGCAACAUCUGAUGCUGAAAAAUACUCAUUUAAAGACUGGAGUGUCCCUCUAUGGAGUGAUCAGGCAUUUUGAUGACAAACACAGUCUGCUGCAUCCUACCUUCUUUAUUUUUGGUGAGAAGGAUGACAUUAUUCCAUUGGAGCAGGUCACCUUGCUGGAGCAGAAGCUUAAACAAAACUGUAAAGUUGAUUAUGAAGUUAAAAUUUACCCUGGACAGACACAUGGGUUUGUGCAUCGCAAAAGAGAAGAUAUCAAUCCUCAAGAUAAACCUUAUAUUGAGGAAGGAAGAAAGGAUAUGAUCAACUGGCUGAAUAAAUAUCUUUAGGUUAAAUUAAUGUCAAUAAACAAAAUCAAUUGUUGUAGGAAAUCAGAAAAUAAUACAGACUAUACUGCAUAAAAUAUUCUUUAACCCAUAAAAAUAUUUUGUAAAA